ACUUGGCGUGAGGCUACCGUAUCUCCGGAUUAAAUUCAAAAUAAUGUAAUUAAUUGAAAAUAACCGCUUAUUGAAGAUUCAGAAUAUUGUUGAUCAUCUUCGACGUCACAUCAAACAUGAAAUGAAGAAUUACAAAUUUCCCAAUGGAAAGUAUGGUCGAAAUAUAAGUAAUCUUGAUGACUUAUUAAUGGAAAAAGGUGGCAGGCCAAUGAAAAAUAUUCUUGUUGCUGGCUAUAGAACCGGAAGUACUUUCACUGGUGAAAUAAUUAACUCACAUCCUGCAAAUUUUUAUUUAUACGAACCAAUGUGGGACUUUGGUAAUGAGCGAGUUCGGGAUCCCUUGAUAGUUGAUGAUGCAAUUAAAAGUAUUAGAGCAUUUUUUAAUUGUGAAUUUAAUAAAUUACAACGCUUUAUAGAUUCAGUCAAAUCCAAGCUACGGUUUUACAAGGACAAUCAAGGUUUAGGGCCGUAUUGUGCUAAAGAAAGAGAGUUAUGCUCGGAUCCAAUAUUUUUAACUGCAGUCUGUCGGCUGUAUCCAUUCCAAUCGAUGAAAUUUACUCGGCUGCCAUUAGAAUCUGCUCGAGUAUUACUGGAGGAUGAACACCUGAGAGUCCGCAUGAUUUUAUUAGAGAGAGAUCCACGAGGAGUCAUGCAAUCGCGUCGGCAACUCGAUUGGUGUAAAAAUUCUUCUGAUUGCUCAGAUCCGAAAGUUCUGUGCAAAGAUAUGGUAACAGAUCAUGAGGUUGCCGUCGAACUUAAAAAAAAAUAUCCACAUACUUUCAAAGUCAUACGGUAUGAAGAUCUAUCUCUUGAUCUUCGGCAUAAAGCAGAAGAAAUAUUUGAAUUUUAUGGUCUCAACUUUCAUUCAAAUGUGGAAAAGUUUUUGGAAACACAUACUAAGAAGAAUUCAGGCAAUAGUUACAGUUCAUUUCGUGAUUCAAAAAAGGCGCCUGUUCACUGGCGCAACGAAAUGAAUUUUACAGAAGUUGAUGAAAUUCAACGUGUAUGUUCAACUGCAAUGAAACUAUGGGGAUACGUUCUAGCUGUCAACGAAACUCACCAAAAGGAAUUUAAUCCAAUCAUUAAAGAUUAUUAACUAUUUUAAUACGUAGUAUAACCUUCGUUUUGUGUACCACAUGUCAGAUGUCAAAAGGGCAUUUAAUAUGAUACCAUAGUUGCUAUGAUUUUAGUAUAAUACUUUACACUUUGUUUCAUUUGUAAUUUUUAGUGUAGAAUUGCCGAGGGCGUUAAAUAAAUAUUCAUAACUUUAAUUCCAAGUUCUCAAGAUUGCUAAAUAAAUGAAAAAGAAUAAUAUG